CGAGACGUCUCUACUUGGGCGAUAUUAUACUGUCAUCGAGUAUUAUUAUUAUUACUUUUUUUUCACACAAUGGAAAUCGAGUAAAAAUAAAUAGAUACAUAAGAAAAACCGACAUAAUCCACCGGGGAUCCACCGUCGUUGAUUCAACUGUUGUUCCGCUGUACACGGCAGGUUAAUCAAAAUAAGAGAUCCGGUCGGAUGGCCAAAAAAGGUGCGCAAGUAGUGCUUCAAGAAGAAAUCAAUAAUAACGAUGAUUGGGUGAAAAUGUUAGAAAAAAGUGGAAUUUAUGUCGUUGACGUUUAUGCAGAAUGGUGUGGUCCUUGUAUACCAAUGAUAGCAAAUUUAAAAAAAAUCAAACUAGAAAUCGGAAACGAAAAUUUACAUUAUGCUGUUGCAAAAUCAGAUAACAUUAUGGCUUUAGAAAGGUUUCGACAGAAAAGUGAACCUCAUUGGUUGUUCUUUUUUGACGGAAAUUUGGUCAAUCUUAUUAUUGGCAGCAAUGCUCCAAGAUUAAUGAAUUUAAUAACAGAUGAGGUAGAACAAUACGUUAAAUUCAAAAACGGAGAAAUCCAAAGAGAGUUUAUACCUAUGAAUCAAAUUACCGAAGAGGAAAAAAAAAAAAUGAUAGAAUAUGAGCAUUAUCAAAAUCAGAAAAUUAAAAACGAAAAAAAAAUUAUAGACGAUAGAAUGAUGAAAGCGAGAGAAUACUAUCUGCGGCGAUUUUCAGUUAACAUUCCACUGCAAACGUGUGUUGUGUAUUUCCCUCAUACUAUCGAGUACAUUAUGGUAGAAAAACCUCCCGAAGAAGGUGCCGAAUUGUCCGAAGAGCCUAAUGAACCGGUGAUGGUAGAAAAAAGGGUAUGUAAUGUGGCCACCGCGUGUUCUCCUAAAUAUGCAGAAUUCACGGUUAACGAAGCUAUAGAAAUGCAAUUGACUGAAGACAAGUUGAAUCAAAUGUUCUUUAUGGAUAAAGAGCUUUUAGAAAGUUUUCCUAGCGAAUUGAUCGACCAGUUGUUAAGCAAAAAAGUAUUUUCGGUGAUGUUAUCUAUGCCUGUGAUCAAAAAUGAAGAUGUUGUCUCUGAAGGAGCAGCCGUAGAUAACGAAAUACCGCCCGAUCCCGCUGAACACAUGGGGAUAGUUGAACAGAGGUUGAGCACGAUCAUUUACGGCAACGGCAGCCCGUUGAACCCGAGCCCGGAUUCAUUUGCAGUUGAACAUAUGAUCGUCAACAGUUCCAAUGUAAAAAUACCUUCGUUGUACACGCCUACUAAUCCGCUGAGUAAAGCCGCCGCGCUCGCUGUUUUGUUUAAGAAAUUUUGCUUAAACAAUGGAUACGUCCCACCCCAGCCGCCUUUGCCACAGUAUAUCGUAAUAUUUGAUAUCGAAAAAUCCAACAUCGUACUACCGAUCAUUGAGGAUCUCGAAGGAAAAAUCGACCAUUACGGAUUCUUUCGUAACGCUGAUCCCGAAAACCCAAUACUUCUGUGCAAAGAUUAUGAGUUAUUAACCACAUAUGGCAUGGACAAAAUAGGCAAAGACGGCAAGCUGGUGCUGUCCGUUCUCAAAGACGACAACGACAAGAGUCUGCUGCGGUUCGUCGACGUCGGACCCAUUUACGUUAGUCCGGACUCUGACGUGGGCAUCGAUGACGCGAUCAAGUUUUUCCCGCACGACUUUGACCAAAUGGACGGCGAGGUGAAGAUUUGGUUGGCGCAGCAGUCGGCCAGGGAAGAGGAAGCCAUGGCCGCUGUGGAAGACGGUGAUGGUGAGGAACACGUCGCCGGGGAAGACGAAGAGUUUUCGCGGAGAAAGGAGAAUGAGAAAGAAGGAGAGGAAGAGCGUCCGUUCACAACCAAACUCUCCACUGUCAGUUGAUGGGAUAAUCAUGUUUUUUUUUUUUUUGUUUUUGAUACAUCUAUUCGAAAUCUAAGUUAUCGUUCCGUGAAAAAUAAACACGUUGUAUGCAAUAAUAUCUAGAGGGGGUGAUGAAUCUAUAGCACACAUUGACCGAUUGUUAAUGGCACACGUAAAAAAUUGAAAUUAUUAAAAAUUGUACAAAAAAAAAAAAAAAUCAAACUAUUUAUAAAACGUUAGUUAUAAGAAAUUCAAAGAAACAAAUUAUAUAUAUUUUAGACCGAUACACAGUAAAUUCUUCAUAGAGCUAACAAAAGGUGCGUGGUUGUAGCCGAAAGGCACUAAACCCUGGAGAUUUCGUGAUCAACUAAAUGUGAACCUACAGCAUGGACCUCAAUCUAUAAUAUUUUCAGUAGCCAAUACAAAUUCAAUAUGUACCUACAUGUAUAUUGUAUAUCAAGCUUUAUUGUAAGCAUUUUUUCCAACUGCACACUUACUUAUCUAGAUAAUUGUCUGUAUUCUUGCCAAAAUUAGAGUUAUUUUUAUUCUUGUACG